AUGCCGUCAUCAGGACACCGGCUCCGGGAUGUCGAGCAUCAUCCUCUCCUGGCCGAAAACGACAAUUACGACUCUUCGUCGUCCUCUUCCUCCGAGGCUGACGUGGCCGACAGGGUCUGGUUCAUCCGCGACGGCUGCGGCAUGAUCUGUGCCGUCAUGACGUGGCUCCUGGUCGUCUACGCGGACUUUGUGGUGACUUUCGUCAUGCUCCUGCCUUCCAAAGACUUCUGGUACUCUGUGGUCAACGGAGUCCUUUUUAACUGCCUAGCGGUGCUGGCCCUGUCGUCCCACCUGAGAACCAUGCUCACAGACCCCGGGGCAGUGCCCAAAGGAAAUGCCACUAAGGAGCACGUGGAGAGUCUGCAGCUGAAGCCCGGGGAGGUGAUCUACAAGUGUCCCAAGUGCUGCUGCAUCAAGCCUGAGCGUGCCCAUCACUGCAGUAUUUGCAAAAGGUGUAUUCGGAAGAUGGACCAUCACUGCCCGUGGGUGAACAAUUGCGUGGGAGAAAAGAACCAGAGGUUUUUCGUGCUCUUCACUAUGUACAUAGCUCUGUCCUCAGUCCACGCUCUGAUCCUCUGUGGCCUCCAGUUCAUUUCCUGUGUCCGAGGGCAGUGGACCGAAUGCAGUGACUUCUCGCCUCCGGUGACUGUAAUCCUGUUGAUCCUCCUGUGCCUUGAGGGUCUUCUGUUUUUCACGUUCACCGCGGUCAUGUUUGGUACCCAGAUUCACUCCAUAUGCAAUGACGAAACGGAGAUCGAGAGGCUGAAGAGUGAGAAGCCGACGUGGGAGCGGAGGCUGAGAUGGGAGGGGAUGCGGUCUGUCUUCGGGGGGCCCCCCUCGCUCCUCUGGAUGAACCCCUUCGUCGGCUUCCGGUUGGGGCGGCCGCAGACCAGGCCCAGGAAAGGAGGCCCAGAGUUCUCCGUCUGAGGCCCGUCGGCGGACGCGGAGGGGUUCAGUCGAGUCCGGAAGGGCGGCGGCAGCUCACCUGUGACCAGUAGGGCGAACGGAACCGACAGACCAGUUGCCUGCAGCGAGCACUUUUAUGUUUGUAGUCACAGACCGCAGACUGCCCACGUCAGCGACCGGGGGCCGGUUUCCGCCUGUACGACUAACAGAAGGUACGUGGCCGCGUGAAGAAGUGUCACGACCUUGCUGCACACUUAGGGUUCUGGUUCGGGACACUGCAUUUUCUAAGAGGUUGUGUGGGGUAUUACACGGGUUAUUAAAAUCCUGUGUCCUAAAGCUGCUUUUUUCAGUCACGAAGAGAAAAAAAAAGUCAGUCCAGUGAAUGAGAAUUCUCCAGCUUCACGGUUUCAGGGCGUUCCUGUUGGCCCUGGGAUUCAUUAGUGCGCGCCCUUGAUCGAGGCGGGGCCCUGACACAGAAAACACUUUGGUCUCGAUGAGCUUCGAUACUUUGCACUGAGUUUGCGAACGAUCUGUGCACUGAACGGUGAAGGUGGCCUUCGGCACGCGCCCACGGCCCCGAAGAGGCCGCUUCGACCCUGUCGGCAGGUCUGCGUGUGUGUGCGCGCGCGUGUGCUUAAGAUGGGCGGUGUUGUUGCGGCGACCUGACAGGUGACAGCUGCGUGCGGCCGGCGGGCUGCUUUCCAGAAUCCGAGGUUUCAGGGAUGAGGGGAGAGCUGCCUCGGGACCCUUGUCCCCUGGGGCUUGUCAUGAAUUAUGAAUGUAUUGCAUUUUGGAGAAUGUCUUGAUCCAAAGAACAAUCACUCCCGUGUGGUCCUUCGUUGCCCUCCUGUUUUGACUUCAUUUUCCAGGUCCCAAGUGCGUGAGGGCCUCGGAACUGAUGUUUUUUUUUGUUCCAGCCACAUCAGGAGUGUCCAAGCGGCACUUCGGUGAGAAGUCUCGCGGCGGCCGGGUACGCCGUGCGGCCGCAUGCCGCUGCCGGGGGUGGAGGGGGGCGGGCAUGGCCACAGACACUCGCAGAGAGACACGGGCGGCACGGAGGACGUGAGGGGACCCCAAGGCAGAGCCCCGGGACCCCGAGCCUCAGUCACUCGCGGAGUAUUCAGGACGGCAACAGCUUUAUUUUUUGUGUCGUUCAUGUUUGUUUUUACACCACGUCCCAAGCGAUCCAGUAGGACCUUUGGUGCAGAGCUUAAACUUCCAUCAGAAAGCAAACAGCUCCCCUCCGUGGGGACUCGCCUUAAACUUGCCCGGUCUGUACCUGUUUUGCGGGACUCCGGACGAAGCGGUCCUUGACAAAGCCCGAGGCUCUCCUCCAAGCCUGCCUGCACGCUGACGAGAGCCGGUGUUCCCCUCCCGGCUUCUACGCCUUUCCGUUCACCCGUGAGCUGUUUGGGUUUGGGUUUGGGUUUUCGUUUUAAGGAACCCGCACCCUGUCCUAGUCAGGCUUCCGCCCCUGCUGACGCAGAUCCACGGGGGACCUACCCGAGACACGCAGCUGUAGCCGGGCGAGCAAAGCGGAGGGAUGUCCCGGAGACGGACUGAGAGCCGCGGGGCAGGGGCCGUGUCCCCACCAGAGGGACAGGCCCCAGGGGCCCAGACGCGGCGAGCCGCCAGGAGUCGCGCUGCGUCACACGUCUGCACAUCCGUUGUCCGCGGUGGGCGCGUGUGUCCGGCUUCGGUGUGAGGCUUUUAACGUGUGUACCUGUUUAUCAAUAAAAAGUGGUCCAAGUGGCGGA